GCUUGCGAGUCAACUCAUCAUACUGUAACCGUGCAGUAAUAGAAAUAUGUCUCCGAAUACUUUCAGGAACUUGUUUAGUCUCCUUCACCAAAUUCUCGAUCAGCGCUCGCAGUUCUCCAAUUUCUAGAAUUCUACCCUUCACAUUCUCCACCUCUUCCCCUAGAUUUUUAAUCCCGGCCUUGGUAUCUCCUUCCAACUUUUCGACCCGCUGUCGCAGAUCCUCUAGGUGAUUCUUGAUGACAACUGAUGUAUUCAUAUACCCGCUCGAAACUUCUUCCAUUGCUUCGAUUCGAGCCCGCAACCCCCCCCAGAUCUUUGGCGUGGAGCUUAUCAAACCGAUGGGCUACUUCAGAUUUCAAGUCAUCCAAACCAUCCGAGAGGAAUUACGUGAAUCUGGAGUUGAGGUCAUUCAGGCUGCUAUGGAUGAUCUUAUCCGGUCUUCAUUGCUUCCAGAUCUGAAGAACAGUCUUGAAGACACUAUCGAGCGACAAAUCGUUAGAGGAAUUGCUACUAUUGCUAGCCAGCAUUCUAAAUUCGAGGUUUCACUUUCUCAGAAGUUUCAGGACUUGUAUUUCCGGAUACCUAAUCCAGAGGAAGCGUCUUCAUCAGGUGCCAAAGAUCAGGAGCACAGCUCUGUUGGAAAGCAGGACUCGUCUGUUCAUAUAACUACUACAGAGGGAGCAUCCUCUUCAGGUGCCAAAGAUUAGGAGCACAGCUCUGUUGGAGAGAGAAUUAAAGAUGGAAAACGAGUUGGCGACAAUCUCAGAAUUGCUAACCAGGCUGACAGUUCUAAACUCUAACUUGGAGACAGUUGUCAAAGAUGAUUACGUGGAUCUCAUUGCACGUAGAUUGGAGAUUAGUGCUACCGCUGGUGUCUCGACUGACUUCGAAUAUGAACCUUCGCGACUUGCAGCAGAAUACCAAAAUGCGAGAGAAAAGGCUAUUCAGAGCGCUAUGUAUUCUGCUUGGGAGACCUUGUCGUCUGAAGCCCGAGAUGCUUUGAAGGAUCAAGUAGAUACACAGGUUCAUGUGGAUGAGUUUGUUGUUGCUGCAGGAAGACAUGUCUCGUCUCUAGAGCAUUCUUCGGUGGUGGAUUUUGCGGUUCUUGACAACAGAAUCAUUGAGCUGCAUGAUCAACUAUGCAAAUUGUCAGCGAUUUUCAGAACUGGUUCCUAGAUGAUGUGCAUAUCAAGCUACAGUUUUGGGUUUUUUUUUGCACAGGAUCUCCAAGAGUGGGAAGUUUCACAGGACCCCGAACUUUGAGAGUUCAUCAUUACAGAGUUAAAAAGUAAAACGUCUAGCAUCCCCCUUAGUAACUGUUGUAUAAAAGCUGGGGUGGUUAUAAUUUUAGUUUUGCGGUAUUACAAUUUUUGAGGUGAGAAUCUGAUUUUAGAUGGAUGGUACUCUGGGAAAGAGGGCGGCAAAUUUCAUCUUUACUGUUCACAUUCCUGUUUCUCUGCCUAUACCCUAUUUCUGAAUGCCACAUGUUUAUGAAUGCCAUCUGUAAGUUUUUUUCCCCAACUUUGACACUGAAAUUUGGGGAAACGAGCAGUCACUGGUAUUUCUCAAGUGAUCUUGAACUCUACAAGGAUUUAGUGACAUACAUCAAUUUUACAUUUGAACUGACAUAAAUGUUAAUUCUUAUCAUCUUGGUGUAUGUUGUAUAGAUAACAUUUGAACUGUUAUUUUUCUCAAUUUCAUGUGCUCAGACAAUGUGUAUUACAUCUAGCCUUAA